AUGGAAAGCCAAAAAAAUGAAGUAAUCAAAAAAUUAAAAAUGCCCAUAAUAGGAACACAACUAAAACCAUCGGGAGGAUUCACCAAGGAGAUAUUGCAAAUCAUACGAGACAGUAAUGACUACAUAAAUGUAGUGAAUCAAGAAAUAAUAAAAGAUAAGAUAGACCAAAAACUGAGCGGAAAUGACCUCUCCUUUUUUGACACAGAAAAAACGUUGGAGGAGCAUGAAGUAAAGUACCUAAAAAAGGUGUACGACAAUAAUCACGUGCUGAACAUUUUCAACUUCCUGCUCGUGUGGAGAGAAAAGAAAAAUCUGGACCUAUCCGUUUUCGUCUCGAAAAUUACAGAACAGUCAAAUCUUCUCCCUGGGGAAAGGACAGUAAUUAAAUUUUCCGAAAUUGAGAAAGUUCAAUUUUUAAAAAAAAUUAAAACAAACAGAAAUGUCUGUGUUGCUAUGAUUUUCGUCGAUAAUAAGGGGAAGAAUACCAACGAAGCUGCCAUAAGCCAUAAUAUGUUUCCUAUAGGCAUUAUGGCACACCCGCUAGAUUUGUCCCUCCUGGAUAAAAGUGGAGAAAUAUCAGUGUUAAAUUUGUACAGAUUUAAAAUAAACAGCUAUAAUGUCACCAGUACGGACUUCCUUGUAAAUGCUGAACUUUUUGUCGACAAUAAUAAACACCUAAACAAUUUCGAACUCACGCAAGAGAACAAAAAAAUUAUCAUGAACUUGUAUGAUAAAAUAUUGGAACUGAAAAUAAAGUACACCGAAAAAAUGGGAGACACGAAAGAAAAUGAAAAAUUUAGACAUCUAGAGAAAAUCACUGAUAGGAUUGAUGAGUACGUCAAUUACUUUUCCUUCUUGGCACUGGACAUUCACGCUACCAUACCCACCAAGCUGCAGAUGAUGUACACGGACAACACGGAGAUGCGCCUGGAAAACGUCAAGCAGUUUUUGAUGCAGAUAUAUGACGAGCUGAAGAUUAAGUUGAGGGGAUUGUGA